UUUUGUUUGCAUUUGAGUUUUAAAUGUUGGUUGACAAACAAUUAACAAUUUUUGUUGGUCGGCUAACAAUUAGAAAUCAUUUUUUUUUCUCUCACUGAUUACUAACUGAAAACGUUUCAUUUCUUGAUUGUUGUGUUGUUUUUAAUCAUUCCCCUUGAUUGUUACUCUCCUUUUGCAAGAAAAAGGAAAAAGUUUUAAAAGAAAAAAAAAAUUAUUCUAUCAAUUUUAAUUCAGUUUGUCUCUUUGCUGGAAAUACAAGUCAGGCUCCGUUGAUUUCUGCUUGAAUCUAAGGUCGAGUUGAUUGUAAUACUUGGGAGAAAGUUAAUCAGUCAACAAUAAGACUUUGAUUUGGUCGAUGUCGGUCUUGGUAGCAACCGAACAGCGAGUGGGCCUAAAAAGACAACGGGACAAGACAAUCAGCAAUUAGUUAAUCAACGAAACUCUUCUCAUAAUAUUUUCUAUUGUGAAUUGUGAUCAUUGUUUCAUCUUCAUUAUUUUGUUUCAACUCAACAAACUUACAACUUUAUAUUUUAGUUUCACCAUUCAAACAACAUUGUGAUUAAUUGUGAUUAGUGAAUGAUGUUCAAGUGAAUUUACUGGGCUAAUUGUGAUUAUUUAAACUUAAUUGUGACUCGCCAAAGAAAAAGCCAAAGGUUAUUGUUAAACAAAUGGUGAUAUUAAUAUCGUAAUGAUCGGGGCUUCACCCAUUUUACCUUCUCUAAUUCCAAUUCUAACGCUAUUCUGGUUAAGAAUAGCCGAUGAUAAUUUAUCAAUUAAUCGUAAUAAAUGGGAUCCAGAAUAUGAUUACAUAAUUGUCGGAGGUGGAUCAGCUGGAGCUGUUUUAGCUAAUCGUCUCUCUGAGAAUCCAUCAUGGAAAGUUCUUCUAUUAGAAGCCGGUGGAUCAGAAAGUGUUCUCAGCGAUAUUCCAGUGGCCGCUGCGACUCUUCAAAUGACCCCCAUUGAUUGGGCUUUUCAAAGUGAACCACAAGAAGCUUCGUGCUAUGGGUUAAUCAACAGACGAAGUCGAUGGCCUCGAGGCAGAGUUUUGGGAGGUUCAUCGGUACUAAACUACAUGUUAUAUGUUCGUGGAAAUAAAAGAGACUACGAUCUAUGGGCCAGUAUGGGUGCGACUGGCUGGUCAUGGAAAGAGGUUUUCCCUUAUUUUCUAAAGUCCGAAGAUAAUCAGGAUCCCGAUUUUCUAGCAAAUGGUCAUCAUUCAACUGGUGGUUAUUUGACAGUCUCUCAGCCCCCUGACCCUUCAGCUUUGGCUUAUGCUUUCCCGAAGGCUGGUCGACAUUUGGGUUACCCGAACAUCGAUAUCAAUGGUCCGAUUCAAUCAGGUUUUACGAUACCUCAGGGUACAAUUCGUCGAGGUGCUCGUUGUUCAACCUCUAAAGCUUUUCUUCAGCCCAUUCGAGAUCGAACCAAUUUACAUAUAUUACCUUUUUCUUAUGCGACAAAAAUUUUAUUCAAUAAUCAAAAACGAGCGAUUGGUGUCCAGUUUGACCGAUUCACUAUAACCAAUGUUGUUUACGCUCGACGUGAGAUUAUUGUUUCCGCUGGUUCGGUAAAUUCACCUCAACUUUUAAUGCUUUCUGGCAUCGGUCCAAAAGAUCACCUUGAGACACUUGGUAUUCCCGUUAUUUCCAAUGUACCGGUUGGAGAAAAUCUUCAAGAUCACAUUUAUCCCGGUGGAGUUCAUUUUACCAUAACAGCCCAAGAAUCGUUACUUCAACGAAGAAUAGGAAAUAUGAAAAUUAUCGAUUAUUUUGUCCAUGGUAAAGGUCCAUUCACAGCCUUGGGUGGAGUUGAAGGUCUUGGUUUCAUUAAGACGAAAUAUACAAACUUUUCCGAUGAUUGGCCUGACUUUGAGAUUCACAUGAUCUCUGGAAGCCCUACUUCCGAUGAUGGUACAGUUUUCCGUCGAGUUCAAGGUUUUACUCGUGAAAUGUGGGACUCAGUUUAUCGGCCUUACCUUCCCUAUGAUACUGUCUCCAUGUAUCCCGUCAUGUUACGUCCCAAAUCAGUUGGUUACGUUCACCUCCGCUCAUCCAGUCCAUAUGAUCCUCCAAUAAUUAACCCUCGUUAUCUAACUCAUCCCGAUGAUAUCGUUUCCAUGGUCGAUGCUAUGAAAAUAUCGAUUGCCGUUGGCUUAGCUCCAGCUUUCCGUUCUUUAGGCUCUAAUAUAUUCCAAACAGUUUUUCCAGGCUGUGAAAUCUAUACAAUGUGGUCAGAUGAAUAUCUGGCCUGUGUAGCACGUACAUACACUUCCACCUUGUACCAUCCUGUUGGUACUUGUCGAAUGGGAAAUCCUCGCGAUCCAAGAUCGGUUGUUGAUCCAACACUUAAAGUUAUCGGUGUUUCUGGUUUAAGAGUUGCCGAUGGGUCAAUUAUGCCGUCAAUUGUUUCUGGAAACACAAAUGCACCGAUAAUCAUGAUUGCCGAGAAAUUGGCUGAUAUGAUUAAAGGGGAAUCUUAUUCACAUAAAUUACCUGAUGAAUUUGAUGAAAGUUAUGAUGAUUUUAAGGAACAUCCUGAUUUCAUGAAAAGUGAACGUGAAUUAGGAAACACUAAUUAUGAUUUUGUUUUAGAAACAAUUACUUCACUAGUUAAUGAUGCUAAAGCUAAAGCUAAAUAAUUUGAAAGGCUUGAAACAAUCAGAAAUGGGAUCAACCAAUCAAGCAAUAUGUUCAAUGUGAUAAUUACACUGUGAUGACACAAUUUAACCUAAUCAAGCCAAAAGAAUCACCUUUUCUCAUCUUUAUCAUUUAACUAUUGACACAAAUGCUCACAUAUUUUUUCAAUAAAACGUAUCAAUUAAUGUACUUGAUUAUUACCAAUAAAUAGUAUAAAUAGUAAA